CAUUGGAGAUGGGAAAAAUAUUAAAAUUUUAGUCAAUCCAUAUGCUGGGAUUUUGUGAAAGCUGGUUUCAUAGAAAUUAACGUGCUCAUAAGAUUAAGAGUUGAAUAUUAGAAAACCGCAAUUUAAAAUUUUAAUCUUUAUACAAACCAAAAAUUAUUUUUCUCUCUCUGCCUUGAGUUUGUCCAUUAUUAAAUGAUCUUGUAACUGUGUGAAGCUUGAGAAAUGAAAUAUCUCCUGGAUGAGGAGGAUGUUUGUAAUGUUUAAAAGUGGUUGAGAUUAAAAGAACUGGUUGGCCGCAGUGUGUUCAGAUUCAGUCACACUAAUGAAGUGUUGGAACAGUGGCUACACACAGAAAAGGGUGACAGACAGUUUGUUUUAUUUUGUUUUUUCCAUUAGGCAGAUUUAGGAACUACAAAAUGUCAGAAAUGAGAUUCUAUCAAGGAUUUGAAGGGGGUGUUCUCUAUGCCCAUAGAUCCUUAUUGAUGGAGAAAAUAUUACAGAAUGGUUUGGGGGUGGAGAGAGAGAAGAAUGAUUGUCUCAUUGAAAGCAGCUACAAUGUUUGUGAUUACAAACUAAAAUAUCUUUAAUGCUUCAUACGAAUCUGAAAUAACUUCUUUUGUGGUGAGGGUAGCACUGGGCAUGGGAAAAUGGGCAAACUGAAUAGUUUUACGCUGUAAACUCUGUAGGCAUCACUGUUGGAGAACUACACUAAAUGUUUAUGUCACUGGCAUGCUUCUCACUCAUUGUUGAAACCUGGGAGGAAGCCCUUGGCAGGAAGCCCUGCCAUCUGCUCACUGAAGGUGUGGGGUUAGCCAACAGAAAACUGGGAAAUUUGGCCAAGCCCAAUGUGAUCAUCAGCAAGAAGGGGGACUAUAUGACCAUAAGAACUGAAAGUGCCUUUAAAAAUACAGAGGUCUCUUUCAAGCUGGGCCAGGAGUUUGAAGAAACUACAGCUGACAACAGAAAAACCAAGAGCAUCGUGACACUGGAGAGAGGAUCACUGAGACACGUGCAGAAAUGGGAUGGCAAAGAGACCACCAUAAAGAGAAAGUUGCUGGAUGGGAAGAUGGUAGUGGUGUACAGUUGAAACUUCCAGGUCCACGGUCCAGGUAGCUUGGGGAGGAGAGUCCCAAGACCAGGGAAAGGGGAAGAAUUCCUUCCCCACCCCCCACCUCCCCACCCCCCACCCAAGCACACACUGCCAGGAAUUGGCAGGUGGAGAAAUGGGGAAAUGGGGAAAUAGGCUGUUGAUUAACAGGUACUUAUCUGUAGUUUAUCUGACCAAUGGGGGAAUCCAAGUCAAUUCCCUGAAGCGAACAAGAGCCUUUUAGAAGACUGUGAAUAGAAAUUAGACAGAUGUCUUUAGCACAAGGAGAAGCACCUUUAAGUCUAUACUUAAAAAAAACACCAAAGAAAAUUUACAGUCUUGAGCUUGUGACUGAUUAGGAGCUGUGCUUUACGGGAACUAGAUGGAUAGAUUUCAGAACUCUGUCGGUUAAUGUGAAAGCUCUGAACUUCUGAAGUCUUAAUGUAACACUGGUAUAGAGAGGGAAAGAAAUCUGAACCAUUUUCAUAUACCUUAAAGCCAUCUUCUUUCUUAUACCUUCACAAACUGCAUCCACACACCUUGAAACACCUUUUUCCUUUUUGCUUUAUGUCCUCAGACCUUUACUCACACCUUAAAACAUCUUCUUAGACCUAAAACAUUUUUUUCAAUCUUCAUAACUUAGGCUUUCUUCUCCUGAGAACUUACAUAAACUUUACACCUUUUUCCCCCAUCAUUCACUACAAGACACAGGUGGUUGAUUACUGGGAGCAGUCUUUGUAAAGCGAGCUCCUUUAAAUAAAGGAAUGGUAGAAACAUCACAUUGAAAUCUGUUUUGCGAGUUUCUCUCUUUUCUGGAGUCUGGUAGCCAGGUAAACUGUGUGUAGACCUGGAGCAGAGCUCUAGGAAAGUGAGGCCUGAGGCCUGAGGCCUGAGGCCUGAGGCCCGAAUACUUUACACGUGAAGAGAAUUGAGAAGGCAGCUGGAGCCUGGGGACAACGGAGCUGGGCGCUUGCUGCCCUUAAAGCGACCUAUCUGUCAAGAUUGCAUAUUAAUAAAGACAUUAUAGUAAAAUAUUCCACAAACUUAAAGUGCUCUCAAUUUAAAUAUUUUCCAGUAUUUUUGUAAUUUAAAUGUUCUGCAAAACUCCAAAAAUUUCCUCUUAAAACAGUUUAAAAUCUCUCAGAAAUAAAGCUUUCUUUUUUAUUUCAAGAGGGAAAAAACAAGACACAGGCAAAACCGAGCUCCAACAGCGGAAAUAGUCUUUCCAAAGGGGCUUGGGUCACCCCCAUUACACAGCCUGCCUUCUAGGUCCCAGCCUGCUCCAUUUAAUUGUGGUUGUGGUUUCCGGUGGCAAUCAUAUGGCACCAACACCUCCAAAAUUGUUAAGGUCCCCCAUUGCAAGUGGGCUCUCUUUAGCAACUCCAGCCCUGCCACGCGUUUGCAGCUUUCAAACUCCCCCAAAUUUCACUGGUCAUAAUUGUGAACUACUGGAGCACUGGCAUAUGAAUAGUUUAUUCCUUUCUAAAUGCAAUCUUACGAGUUCCUUUUAAACUGCUGUUUUAUUCCAAAUGUCCUGUUCCCUGACUUGUAUUUUAAAUAGCCAAUCUCCCUCU